AUGGUAUCUUGGAGUGAAGGAUCUAGCUCGUCCGACGGCUACUCUGUGACAAGUGAGGCUCCCGCUCCUGCCACCAUUUUCUGCUCUGAGUGGACAGGCCUUGCUCCAGAUCUUGAAGCUAGAUGUGAACACCAGUGUGUGUGUGAGAAGUUUGUGUGCUUUGAAUCAGUUGACAGUGGAAGGAGGUAUCUUGCUUGUGCACAAAAGGAAAUACCUAAAUGCAAGUUUGUGGAGUGGAUUGACCCUGAAUGGCCUGCCACUCUGAAGAUGAGUUUAGCCAGGGUUUGGGGCAUGUAUGAUGAUGAGAACAAGCUAAGGAUCAGUGAGAACUUACAUCUUGCUGAAGAAAAUCUUAGGGUUGUGAGAGAGAAAGAAAAGAUGGACAAAGAAUUGAGGUUUUUUAAACUGGAUUUUGCUAAGAUGGUGGCUGACAAGGAGCAGGCAAUUACUGAGUUGGGCAAUGCAAGACUUGUUGUUUCUGACCUAAAGCAAGAGCUUGAGAAGAAGAAGCUGUCUGAUAAAUCUAGCACUAGCAUUCAUAAGUUUGUGAGGGCUAAGGCAGAGAAAGAGAGGGAUGAGAUGAAGCAACAGAUGGACAGCAUGAAGGAACAGAUGGACAACAUGAAGGAAGAGUUGGACAAAGUUGUGUCACAGAGGGAUGACCUGAAGAAGUAGAAGAAGAAACUAGAGUACAUGAUUGGUGAUUUGUUCAGGCACAAGGAGGAGA